GGAUGCCUUCCAGAUACGAUUACACCUUCAUGCUUUCCAAAAUCGGUUUCCUUUCCGUUUCCCCAUCCCCACUUCGAGUUCCCUCAAUCUCAAUGUUCAAACUAUGAAACUAACCAACUUCCUAAUUUUCAAUUUUGAUUCCAGUUCAGAAUUUAUAUUUUUAAUUUUUUAAUUUUUGUACGUUUAAAUUUAGUUUGUUUUUUUUUCGGUCAUUUACUGUUUGUCGAUCUAAGAAAUAAGAAACUCUUCCAUCACUGUUAUUUGCUCUACAAAAUGACGAACAAGUCCAACGAAGAUUGCUACUACUAUUACUACUCUACCUGUCAAAAAGCUGAAUUAUGUCCUUUUCGACACGAGCCCACUGCCUUAGGUUGUGAAACUGUAUGCCAAGAUUGGAAGUUGAAAAAAUGUGCCAAACAACACUGCAAUCUUAGACACAUGCUUUUGAAAAAAAAUCGUCAAGAAAUACCCUGUUACUGGGAAUCGCAACCCACCGGUUGUUUAAAACCUCAUUGUGCUUUUCGUCAUGUUCUCCCAAGGCCAACAAUGGUUGCAAUUAGAGAAGAUUUAGUGAAAAAUUAUCAGAAUUGUGCGAGUAUUAAUUCUGAAAUGCGCUCUCAUUAUGCUACUAACAGCAGUUCGUUGUUUCCCGCUUAUAGUCAUUUGAGUUCAAUGCCUUACCAAAACAAUUAAAUUUUCGUUAUCUUAAAAUUUACACCAAAAAAUGAAGGAGUAAUUUUUUUUUCCCGAAGUUUGAGAAAUACAAGUGGAAACUGAAAAUUGCAUAGAAGUUAUUUUAAAAAAAAGUUUAUCUCUUUAAAGUUGACUUUCCUGCAUUAUUCGAAGUAUGGGAACAUGUGAUUGUUACUAUAAUUAUGAAUAUUUUAAUUAUAUUCGUUUGCUUCAAGUUAAGAGACGUGAGGUGUUAUUGUAAGAUGAAUGGUAACGUUAACUGAGUAAAAUUAAGCACUUCAUGCAAUGUAGUUCAUUAUAUUAAGCGUUAUACCAUUACGAUAACUUUCAUAAAGAUGUAUUUUAACAAGAAUUAAUGCCUAUUGAUUUAACACGUGAGGAUAUUUUAACCAUAAGAUCCAUUUUUGAGAAAAGUAUUGUUUUUUUCUACAUCAUUAUUGCAUCUGAAAACUGUUUUCGUCAUUCUUUUUCAUUAUUUACCUACAUCUUUAAGUAUGUUAUCUAAUUGUGAAGUUACCAUGUGAACAUUGUCAUAUUCCACGAUAAAUUUGGAAUUAAGAAAAAAGAAAAAAAGUCAUUUUAACUCGUAUCCGACAAAUAUGACUAUUCCAAUUUAGAUGCAUUGCAUUCAUUUAUUAGAAUUCAUAUUUAUGUAAAGCAAUCUGCGAAUUGCCCAUUUUUUGAGAACGCUCCUAAAUAAGAACAGGCUGCGUCAAAUGUUGAUAAUGUGUUUCGUUAAAACGCUUUAAAAUCGUUAUAGGUACCUAAUACUUUUUCCCCAUUGUGAUCCGCAUAAUGAUAAUGUGUAUUGUAGGUAUUUCACAUUUAUCGAAAUAAACGUGCAUUCAUAUUUAAUUAUAUCAUUCUUGGAUGCCUUUCAUACCUUUGUACAAGUCAACGAAACAAAUUGUUAAUCAAUACAUAUUAUCUGAUCAAAUGUC